AUGCUUCAACUAGCGGCAUCGCGCUUGAUCAUGCUUUUCCCCUUACUCUUAGUAGCCCUACAAAGUAGCGCCAAACCAACGCCGACUGAAGGAUUACUCGUCUGUAGUGGAUCCGCACCGGUGGGGAAGAUUGCGCCCAGCAGCGGUGCCUACUAUGCCAUCUCGGAUACUCCUCAUAACGCCAGUGGAAAGUGCAGCUGCGAUCACUCGACCGGUCGGCUUGAUUGUGCGGUUGCUCCCAAGUUCCCGAUAUCCACCCCACAGGGCCCUGCUGUUUGCCAAUCUCCAGGUAAAAAAACUUGUGACAGUUCAAACAUAUUUCUGUGCCAGUCUGGCAAGCUAAUCGGUAGCUUGAAUUCAGAAGGAGGUUUUUCCGUCACCGGUCAAUCCGACAAAGCCAGCGGUUAUUGUCAAUGCGACGCAGAGGGAAGGAAUGGCUGCUCCGAUGUCCCGAUUACCCUACCUCAAGUUCUUUCACUCAGUUCACAAAAGAAACACAUCGACUGCUCGAAGAAAGAUGAUUGCUCGGGGCUUUGA